AUCCUCGUGGGUUCCAACAAGGGGAACCUUCCCUAUGGCGAGACUAUCAUCCGAGCUGUGCAGCUAGAGAGUUGCCAGGCUCUCCAUGUCCCCGCUUCUUCUGCUCAGCCAAUUCAGCCUAUCUCCUCUGUGCCGCCCGGCUCUAGUUCGAGCAAGAGGAAGUCAGAUUUCCACCGGGAUAACCAGAAGGGAAAGCGUGGUGAGAAUGACCGUCGCAGUGAGUGCCUUGUUGCCCAGGGUCAGAAUUCGAAGUGCCCUAAGUGCGGCCGUUAUCAUCCUGGAGAUUGUCAUUUCACCCAGAGG